UUUUUCUUUUUCUUUGUUCUAGAAGUAUAUUUAUUAGCAGACAAGAACCAGCUAUUAUCCACAUACCUACCUAUUAUAACUCACAAAUGUGACUCAGAACCGCACUGUUGACGCUAUAUCACCUACCUUGACAAGUGGCUGCAACAUUUGAUGGUUAGUUCCGGCCUAUAGCAAUAGAUCUGGCAACAAACCUUUUUAUAUAACAUACAUCUCCGACAAACCAUCAGCAUAACCCACCAUGUCUACCUUUGGGCAAUAUCUGCGUGUAACCACAUACGGUGAGAGCCAUUGUCCCAGCGUUGGAUGUAUUGUCGACAAUUUUCCUCCUGGAGUCCCGGUCUCGGAAGAGAUACUUCAGCCUCAGAUCUCUCGCCGUCGUCCCGGUCAAAGCUCCAUUACGACACCUCGGAAUGAGGCUGACCUUGUGUCAAUCCAAUCAGGGGUGGAAGGAGGAGUCACACUCGGGACCCCGAUAGCCAUGGUCGUCAAAAACCAGGACUUCCGCCCCGCAGACUACAAAGGCGAUACCAUGAAGCAGUAUCCUCGCCCCAGUCAUGCCGACUUCACCUACCUUGAGAAGUAUGGUGUUCGUGCAUCGUCAGGUGGGGGCCGCUCAAGUGCGCGAGAAACAAUCGGCCGUGUGGCGGCGGGCGCUCUUUGUGAGCAGUACCUUAAACUUUCCCACGGGAUUGAAAUUGUUGCCUGGGUUUCAUCUGUCGGGAGUAUUCAUCACAUCCCACCAACAACUGAGUAUCCUUGCACUUCUAAUAACCCCGAGUUUCUCCAACUGCUCCAGGGGAUUACACGGGAAACCGUUGACAAGUCACCUGUCCGGUGUCCAGACCCGGAAGUGGCUGCCAAAAUGGAGCAGUGCAUUACCGAACUUAGAGAUCGCCAAGACAGUAUUGGAGGCACAGUUACGUGUGUCAUUCGAAACGUUCCAACUGGACUUGGCGAACCGGUGUUUUCGAAGUUGGAGGCGACACUUGCCCACGGAAUGCUCAGCAUUCCAGCGACAAAGGGAUUUGAGAUCGGCUCUGGAUUUGAAGGAACAGAAAUCCCUGGGUCCGCUCACAAUGACAUGUUUAUUCGCAACACCAAUAUCGAUUCGGACUCCAAGAAUGGAUUUGCGAAACCAAAGCUCACAACAUUGACGAACAACAGCGGAGGUAUCCAGGGAGGAAUCACAAACGGCGCGCCCAUCUUUUUCCGUGUCGCUUUCAAGUCGCCCGCAACGAUUGGACUGCCUCAACAAACGGUCACAUUUGAAGGAGAAAGUGAUGGGUUUCUAGAGGCCAAAGGGCGUCAUGAUCCCUGCGUUGUUCCACGCGCUGUUCCAAUCGUGGAGGCCAUGGCUUCGAUUUGCAUUCUGGACGCUCUUUUGAUACAAGGAGGUAGAAGGAUGGCGGCGCUCGGGCCGUGAAGGAUAAAAUUGUAGGUACUGUCUUGAAAGAUUGAUUAGGGAUCAGAGGCUUUUCUGUAACAUACCUACUCAAGUCAUAGACUAAUACAGUGUUGAUGAACGACGGUCAAUCACGUAAGCUGGUAGGGGAUGAGCCGUAUGACAUUCAGACAUCGCACGUUAUAACAAGCCGGUUUGACAUACUAUAUCCCCCCCAGCCCCAUAAUAUAAUGUAACUGUAACCUUAGCUGCCUUAAAUACUUAGGCAGGGGCGACUAGUAUUUUAAAUACCCUCACACC